AUGGCAGAGCACCUACAUACCGCUAUUAACUCCUUGUCUCUGCAUGACGAAGAACCUGUUGAUCUCCCCGACAACCCGAGCUUCCAUGUGUAUGAGGAAAAUGCUAUGAGUCUCCUUGGACGUCUCCUUAACCCUGAUUUUCAGCCUAUGGACAAGAUGAUCGAGACUAUGCCUCAAAUAUGGAGAGUCUAUGAUAGGGUUAGGGGGAUUGCUCUUUCCCGGGAUAAGUUCCAAUUUAUCUUCAAGCGAGAAGAAGAUAUGAUGACUGUUCUGAAUGAUCGUCCUUGGACGUACAACAAUUGGACUAUGCUGCUGGAUCGCUGGAUCCCCUCCCCUCCAGUUAACUUCCUCACCACUGUUGAUGUGUGGGUUCGCAUUAGGAACAUCCCGAUGAACCAUUAUCGUAUUGAAACGAUAGACUUCCUUGCUUCAAAGAUUGGUCAUGUGGUGGAGAUUGCGUACGAUCCGAAAGCUUCACAAAAGGAGGCUUACAUAAGGGCGCUAGUGAGGCUUAACAUUGCGAACCCUGCGAUUGCGAUUAAGCCCUUGAAUCUACCAUCUGGUGGACGAGUGAUCAUUGAGUUUGAGUAUGAGAAACUAAGAAAGAGAUGCUUUCAUUGUCAGCGACUUACACAUGAGAGACCGAGCUGUCCCUUUGUCACCAAGAAAGCGGUAGCAAAAGAGCCUCGGGAUAGAAGGGACGUGAACAAAUCACUGAUGAAGCAGAUUGAACCGCCCUCUUCCUCUCAGCUCCGGCCUCUACCGACUAAACCUUCUUCCCAGCAUCUCAGUAUUCCUCCAGGGUUUGCUCCUCUGUUCCCGGAGCUACCAAUAGAGGAGCGUAAUGCUGCAUUGCUAUAUAUAUUACAUAGCGAUGCUACGGAACGGCAAGCUAGAAUAUUGCGUGUCCAACAGUCUCUAGCCCCAGGGUUUGUGGAACCCACAGUUGCGAAACCCAUAAUCUCUCAUGACCUGAAUAAGGGGAAGGGACACGUCUUUGUCUUCCAGGAGAAUGAUAGGCCCUUGAAACGCUCCUCUACUGUGACUGAUGUACCUGGAAACCAUGAGAGGACUCCUCUUCGAGCACACUCUAACUCGAUUUAUGACUUCUCUGAUCAUGAGGCGUCCUCUGCCUCUUCCCCGCCUGGUUCAACGGGCUUUCUUAUGGGCUCUUCCUCUGGAAACCCUCCUUCCGGGACUAGGAGUGAGGGGAGAAAGAACCGUCGACGUCCUCAGCGCUGGAAGAGAAUUAAGAAGUCUCAUCUACAUGCUGCCUCGGGUCCUGAUAAGGAUGAUUCUGACACUGGCCUGUGUAGGUCUGAUCAUGGUUUGCUUCCCCUGGCUAGUACCACCCUCUCCAAGCGUAAGACUCCUUUGACUGCAGAAGAACAGUUACCUAAAUCUUCAAAAACAACCCUACCUUCGGUGGCUUCCGAUCUGAAGCCGCUGACAUCCCAAUGA